AUGGCUGUGGCGAGCACGAGAUGUUUACUUGGAACCCUUCAACGAACCUAUGCCACAACGCAGCACUACAUUCCGUUGAGUGUGAAAAGUGUGGAGAAAUCACGCCCAAUCGAAACCCUUCUUGACGACUACAAGAAGGUACACUUUGAUGAUACAAUCACCGCUGAUGAUCAGGCCGUUCAACAUUUAAAGCAAGAGCUCUUUCGUGGAAGUAGAUCUGCUUUGGCUUCAGCGAUAACUUUGGUUGAAUCGAGAAAUCCACAGAAACGGGCUCGUGGCAACGUCUUACUACAAGAAUUGCUAGCUGCGGAACGAAAGAAACAUGCCGAAAAGGGACAAGAUGCAAUGAUUUACCGAAUUGCCAUAUCGGGCAGCCCUGGGGUAGGAAAAUCGUCUUUCAUUGAAACACUUGGCACCGAAUUGAUAGAGAAACGGAACAAGAAGGUUGCUAUUUUGACGGUUGAUCCAACUAGUGCAAGUACAGGAGGAUCUCUGCUAGGAGAUUUGACAAGGAUGCAGGAGCUCUCGAAGAAUCCACGAGCAUUCAUUAGACAAUCACCAACGUCUGGAUCGCUUGGCGGUGUGACAAGAGGCACUCAUGAAGCAAUCAUUUUAUGUGAGGGAGCUGGAUAUGAUGUUGUGAUCAUUGAAACAGUUGGUGUUGGUCAAUCGGAAUAUGCAGUAGCAGAAAUGUGUGAUCUUUUUUGUCUCCUACUCUCGCCGGCACAUGGUGAUGAGCUACAGGGUGUGAAACGAGGAAUCAUGGAGUUGGCCGAUUUGCUCGUGGUGACAAAAGAUGAUGGUGACUUGGAGACGAAAGCAAAAAUCACUCAAGCGGAAUACAUUUCGGCGCUGAAAUUCAUGAGGCCAAGGAUUCGCAAUUGGAAACCAAGAGUUCUUCGAUCAUCAAUCAUGAAGCCAGAAUCGGUUUCGAAAGUUUGCGAUGAAAUGUACGACUUUUGGGAGCACAUAUCAAGUAACGGAACGCUAAUGGAAAAGCGGAAGUCUCAAUUGACCAAAUGGAUGUGGAGCCACGUGAGGGAUGAGAUUAUGAACGUUUUCUCAAAACAUCCAAGAAUUGCCUCCUUAACCGCCACAUUGGAGCAAGAAGUGCAGAGUGGAAAAAUUACGCCUGGACUGGCUGCCGAAAAGUUGAUUCGGGUGUUUUUCGGAAUA